GAGACCUGAGAAUGAUUAUCUACAGUACACUCUCAUCUUUAUAUAAGUAAUCUUCGCGCUAUCAAUCAUAUGUGACGAAGCUUGAACAAGUGACCUAAUAAUUUCUAUCUGUUCAUCACUGGACCCUACCACUUCGACCACUCGUGUUCUUGACCUGUAAAAAUAUAUCUAAACAAAGGUGUCAUGUUCUUCUAUUUUCUAUGUUAAAAAAGAACUUAAAGAAAAGAAUCAUGGACGUUCUAAUGUGGUUUAGCAUGUGUUUGAUUGUUUAUCAGUGUUCAUUUGCGGAAUCUUUGUUUGGAAAGCUUCUGAUUUCAAAUGAAGAAUCAGUUUUAGAAUUUGACAUUGAAUCACGGAACGUAACUGUACUUGUUGAGCAUGGAGCAUAUGGUGUAUAUUCUUUGGACUACGAUUACCAAAACAGAUACGUUUAUUUUCCAAGAUUUCAUGCAUAUGACAUUGUGCGAUUUGCAUAUCCAUCCAAGAACAUCACAUUGCAACAUUUUGUGACAACAUCGUUAUAUCCAGCUGGUGUAGCUGUUGAUUCCGUCAAUGGUUAUGUAUACUGGGUUAACAAUGAUGUAGGUAACAAACUUUCAAGAUGCAAAUCCGACGGAUCAAGCAAGAUUGUUUUUUUCACGGGUUUAACUAAUACUUUUACCGUACGACUAGACGUUACAAACAGAUGGGUGUAUAUAGCUUACUUUUCUAAAGGAAUAUCCAAGUCCAGAUUCGAUUUAACGGAUUUUAGUAUGAUAGCUAAUUUUACAUCAACAACAAUAGCUAUGGAUAUAGACCUGACUGAAAAAAGACUGUUUUGGAUAAACUACGUUGGUGAAAUAAAAUCAAGUAAUGUGGACGGUUCUGAAGUUAAAACACUCAUUUCAACAAAUUCUGGUAAAAGCCAUAACGGUUUACAAGUAUUGUGUAGUAACAUUUACUAUGCAGAUGACAAUCAGUUAAUUAUGAGGAAUAAAGCACAACUAUCCACACCGUUUGUUCUAUAUACCGCAACCAGCACGAUUGAUAGUAUAUAUGUGUUUAAAUCGACAGGUAUGUAAAUACAAUUAUUAUAGCACUAUCUAUAAUAAUAUUUUAAUAAUGUACUUGAAUUAUCUUUAAUAAACGUCAUUUCGUAGGAGGAUGUUACGUACUUUAACAGAAAAUUAAUUACGCAAGUGAAACAUUUGAUCAUCAUAGACAUGUAAGAUGUAACACUUAUCCCUUAAGUACAUCCUUUCUUCAUUUUAUGAAAUAAACGGCUUUCACAGUCACCAAACAAUUGCAAUUUUUGUUGUAGGAUUUUAUAUCAGAUUAUAUUUAAUGCAUCUGCGAAGUUGGUAUAAUUUAGUAAAUUAGUAUUUUAUAGAACUGUUUUACUAUUGUACUCAUAGUACCUGUUGAUAUAUGUCAUGUUUGUUUUGUUGCUUGCUUUAGCUUUUUAUAUUUAUUUUAACCAUAACGAUUUGAAUUGUUUUUCUAUUUGCUGUUGUAUCAUAUAUCUAUUUAUAUAUUAUGAGCAUAUAAUGAACAUGUCAACUUCUUUGAAUGCAACAUGUUUAAGUUCAAUUAGCAUAUACAAGAGAAAAAUAACUAUUUUCUUCAUGACUAAGCGCAAGUUUGAUCAAAGUUUAGAAUUAGUAUUCUUGCAAAAUUAUAAUGUUGUAAAAUGCUCAAAGCUCAAUUGAUCUCUUGAUUGGCUUUAACAGAAGUAGUUUCACUUUCUAUGUAAAUUAAAUGUUAUAAUUCAAGCAUGAAUUCAUUUUUCAGCAUUUCAUUCAUGGGUAAGAGAAAGGGAUGUUAGGGUUUUUAUUAAGAUUUGGGAAUCAAUUCAAACAUUCGUUGACAGAAUAGUACACAGAAAAGGAAGGAAUUGUAUGUUUCCUGCUUUUGAGUAUGAAUGCAAAUCAUAUAAUAGUGUAGCGAUGAAUUGUUCUAUUCUUUAAUAUUUUAAUAAAUAUUUGGUCCUACUUUUUAAAUCAAAUAAUAUUUCAUCGUGUCCAGGAUAUGUUCAAAACUAUGCCUUUAAAAGUAUAAAACAUAUUCAAAACUUGAAUCGAUUUCCUUUUGUUUUGGAUUUUUAGGUUUUAUGCAUCAGGGCAGUUAUCUUUAUAUAAGUUGUUUUUGUUUUGAAAUGUAAAUAGAUGCAAAUGAUAGGAAAUUUCCUCACUAAGAACAACAUUUACAUUCAUUCUACACAAUAAAGAGACACCAACUUAUAUAAUAAUGCAGUAUAGUAUGUCUAUUUAUGUAUGCUGCUUUAAACUUUCAUGUAUAUAUUGAAUAAAUCUAAUAUACCAAUAUUACAACUUAAUGAUGGUAUUAAUUGAAAAAUAUAGCAAGCUUAAAUUUAUAAAAUAAAAUUAAAGACGUGUAUUUCUCAUUAAGAUAGUAAAAUAAAAUUCCAGAGUUUAUGUGCUACAUAUGGAAUACAAAAGCAUAAUCGAUAUGCGUUCAGUAUAAUCAUAAUUUUGUUGUUAAUUAUUUACAAAAGUACCGCUCUUAUAUCACUACUCUAAUUCAAAUACAAUAGUGCAUAAUGUUGAAAAUUUGCCAAGUAUAAUUUCGAAUUCCCUUUUAAAAAAAAUUUCUAUUCGAAGUAAGAAGUAAAGAGACCCCCCUUAAAACAAGUGAAAUAUUGUUAUACUCAUAAUUUGUUCAAAUCUAUACAUUGUUUUUAUUCUAUUUGUAUACAUCUACUCAUUAUGUGAAAGAACCAACGUCAAUACAGGAAUGGAUACAUGAAGAAGAUACAUUGAAUUUACAGCAUUUCUCCAUGGCAUGGCGCCACCAGUUUUUAUAUCAACAACACAUAAGUCAUAAACUACACGAUUUAAGCUUCCCAAUGAGCUUUUAGAAUGCCAUGAUGUAUUAAGCAUUAUCUGUUAGAUACGAAAUCGUUACAGAAAAUGCAAGCGUCGAAAGCAGUUCAUCUGAAGCAAACAUCCUAGACUACAUAGUUGACCUUUGGCCUUACGAUAUGAACAGUGUUUUAUCAAGAUCCUUUAUUUUUGAGAUCAAAGCAUGCAAUCAAGUGGUGUUGUACCUUUCAAGUUCUGACACACUGGAUUCAGCAAACCGACAUUAUGAAAUAACAAUCGGUUCACAUCAAAAUUUCGGUUUACUGAUCAGACGUAGGGAUGACGCAUCAUUGCUGCCAAGAUCAUUUGUUACCCAAAUAUUUAAAACUCCAAACAUUGUCAGCUGCAAUGAUUAUAGACCGUCCUGGAUUACUUGGGAGGCAGGAAACAUAAUGCUUGGUUCUGGAAAUGUUGUCAUUGAUUGAUUGAUCCAGAUCCGUUUAUAAUAAAAUGUUUCGGAGUUACCACAUAAGCUGAUACAGUUGGACACUGGAAGAUGUUUAUACCCGUUGUGAACUUCUGUCGUUUGGAAUGGACCCUAUUACAGAUUUCCCAACUGUCAUUGUACCAGGAUGGGAAUACUUCACCAAAUGUUAUAAGGGAACCAAGGAAUGUGUUGGGUGUUUCGUCUGACUUAAUUACGUUUCUUACCAGUGAACAAGUACAUUUUGAUUGUAUUUAAAGCAAAUACCAUACAAUGGGUAUU